AUGACACCCGUUACACCUCAAAAUGAACCUAUCCCAACAUACCGUAUCGAUCUCUCACUCGCACCCUCCGAGCGCUACAAAUCCAUGGCUACAGAUUUGGCACCCAAGAUGCGGGCCAUUACACCCCUCUUUGACGAGGUUCUUUCCACGUUCAUCGUCUGGCGUCCUCUAAGACUUUUCGUUGAAUUUUUAGCUUCCAUCUUCCUUCGACGCGUGUAUUCUUCUGAAGAAACAGCCGAGUUGAAAGGGAUCUCGAGAACGAGUGGCGUGUCCCUGUAUACUCUCGUGGCUUUGAAUGUGCUUCUUGAUAGCCUACUUGGGUGUACGAGCGGCGGUGUUUUGGUCAAGGGUGGUAGGAAGAGAAUGCGGGGAGGACAAGGCCGUGGGCAGGAAAAUGACAGGAUGAUGCAUUUUCGCACGCUGGACUGGGAGAUGGAGGGGUUGAGGAGUGUCAUUGUUGUGUUGGAAUUCCUCAGAUCUGGAUCCGAAGCCCCGGAAGAAGUUAUUGCACGAACGAUUACCUACGCUGGCUUUGUAGGUGUCUUGACUGGAGUCAGAAAGAAUUUAUCCCUAUCGUUGAACUUCCGUCCGAAUCACAAUUGCUCAACUCGAUCUCUUCGAAUCCAUCAAAUCCUGGUCUUGUUCGGUUUCCGUCCUUCAAUUGCCUCGAUUCUUCGCUCCACUAUCCUUCCAAGCUGGCCGGGACAUGGCAUUCCACCUCUUAGCGACUCAACACUGACUCUCUCCAGUCAGUGCACAGCUCCUUGCUAUAUGAUCCUCAGUGAUGCAAUGAGGACAACAGUCAUCGAAAAGGAUAUUUUGGAUGCCAAGAUCAGAACAUCAUCCUCGUUCGUCGUUCAAACGAACCACGACACUAGCCAGCACGGCAAGAUUCCGGUACCAGACCUAGAGGCAUGGGUUGAGGAAAGUGAAGAGCGAAUGGGUUGUGUACAGAAAAAGUGGAAUGCGCUGCAGCGGCGGCAUGAGAGGAAGCAGGCUGCAGGUAAGACGGGUGAGGAUGAGCAACCCAUGGUAAGAGAAGAGACCCUGAAGGGCUGGGUACGGGCGUAUCCGAUUAUGAAUGAAUGUUCGCACUUUGGCGCUAUCAUGGCGCCUGAGACUGGGACGAUUCGGUUUCUAGAGCGAGGAUCUGAGAAAUUCUUCGAGGAGAGCGGAGAGAGCGAAGAGAAUACAUCCUAA